AUUGCUUCUACUGGUGUCCACCACCAACUUCCGGACAGAGCUGACCAAAGUGGCUCACAGCGUCGUGGCUGAGUACGUCACAGGAACACACAAGGGGGCACUACAUACCAAAGUCAAGAGGGAGCUGUGUCGUGGCCUGUACAAACUGAUGGGUGUGUCGGACAAGUACCGUCUGGCUGCCCUCAACGCGUCGCUGACCCCUGGGGUUAAGGACACCUUCCGUCUGCUUCAUCAAGAGUACAAGAAAUACCAUCAGUACCGUGGUAUGGUGUGACAUAUACACACACUAUCAUUAAUGUGGUGUUAUGCGACGUAUACCACCACUAGCAUAUUGUGUGCAUGACUUAUACAGUCAAGCUCGGAUAUAACAGGAUAGACGGGACAAGCAGGGGCGAAGGCUGACUUGUUUGACAGGGUAAUCAAAGUGAAACUG